CAAGUGGCGCUUCUACCACGAGCCAUUCCAGCCUUCCAGGCACACGCCUCUCAUCCACCUGGAGUGGGCUGUCAACGGGUGCGACUCGGGCGGACCGCGCGGCAACCCGCGCGACUGCGCGCACAUCGAGUACGAUGUUGUCAAGGCGCCCGCCGGCACGCCGGCCGACAAGGCGACGCACACUGUCACCUCUCACUUCCAGCUCCGGGACAUGCUCGCCGAGGACUGCGACUCGCUUGGGGACGAGUAUUGCGCCAGCGCGCGCGUGGCGGAGGCGCGCGGAGGCAAGGUGCGACUCAUCAUGGCGGGUGGCCACUGCCACUCGCCUGCGUGCCUCUCGCUGCAGCUGCGGGACCGCGACACGGGCGAGCUGCUCUGCGAGGUGACGCCGCGCCGCGGAAAGUCGGACGCGGCUUGGGACGAGGCGGGAUACCUGUGGCUGCCGCCCUGCCAGUGGGGCAGUGCGGAGGAGGGUCUCCGCCCGCCGCCCGUCCUCGGCCUCGACGCGAAUCUGACCGCCAUCAAGGUGGCCAACGCGACGGAAUACCACUUCGGCGUGAUGGGAAUCUGGCAGAUGCGCGGCGCGUACGGAGAUGGAGACGGGAAUGUGGGGCCUCGGGCCGCGUGAGCGUAUACGUUUGGCUUAGUACGUGGUCAAAGAAAA